AGCUCCAACCCCUCCCAUCUGAGAGAGCUGGACCUGAGCUACAAUCAUCCAGGAGACUCAGGAGAGAAGCUUUUGUCUGCUGGACUGGAGGAUCCACACUGGAGACUGGACACUCUCAGCCUGCAGCCUGCUGGAGUCCGAUGGUUGACACCAGGUCUGAGGAAGUAUUUCUAUGAACUCAAACUGGAUCCAAACACAAUGAACAGAAACCUCAAACUGUCUGAUAACAACAGGAAGGUGACACGUGUGGAGGAGGAUCAGUCAUAUCCUGAUCAUCCAGACAGAUUUGAUGUCUAUCAGCUGCUGAGUAGAAAUGUUCUGACUGGUCGAUGUUACUGGGAGGUCGAGAGGAGAGGAAACGUUCUUAUAUCAGUGAGUUACAGAAGAAUCAGCAGGAAAGGAGACAGUUAUGACUGUAUGUUUGGAUAUAACGAUCAGUCCUGGAGUCUGGACUGCUAUGAUGAUCGUUACUCUGUCCAUCACAAUAACAGACGAACACCCAUCUCCUCCUCCUCCUCCUCCUCCUCCUCCUCCUCCUCCUCCUCCUCCUCCUCCUCCUCCUCCUCCUCUAACAGAGUAGCAGUGUAUGUGGACUGUCCUGCUGGCACUCUGUCCUUCUACAGAGUCUCCUCUGACACACUGAUCCACCUCCACACCUUCAACACCACAUUCACUGAACCUCUGUGUGCUGGGUUUGGGUUCUGGUCUCUUGGUUCUGGUUCCUCAGUGUCUCUGUGUGGUCUGUAGGAAGGAGAGUCUCCUCCUGUCAGAGAAACGUUCUCAUGUUAUUUAGCACCAACCUGAUCUCUCACUGGUUGUAAAUAGAGUUUCUAAAGCCAACAUGGUUUCCACAUGACUGACAGUUAGUUAGUCAGUCACAUAUAUCCACAUUUAAAAAGCUGUAAAACAGAAGCUGAUUUUCUCAGAGCAGAUAUCUCAGUCUGUUAGAGGACUGUUUGGAGGUUCGGAGGUCGUGGCUUUGAUCCUUAUGAGUCUCAGUCAAUGUUCAAGUCCAACACCCAAAGUGAAACUCAGAAGCUCUCAGAGAGAAAACCACCAGCGGCUCAAAGUUUACUGAAACGUCAAGUUGUGACCGAGCUUUUUAAACAUGUUGGAAGAGUUUAGCCACUAACUAUAACACACAUAAUGACAGUAAGUAUCUGCUGGCCUAGAGAGGAACUUUGG